AAUUCUAAAGUAACAAACACACAGUUCAGUAUCUGGCAUCACCGCAUCACUCCAUCCAAUCGAAUUGGGAAUUCUAGGGUUGGGGAUUCAUGGCUUCAACAGCGAGGAAGAUCACCCUGAAGAGUUCCGAUGGUGCGGCCUUCGAAGUGGAAGAAGCGGUGGUGGCGCUUCACUCACAGACCAUUAAGGACAUGAUCAACGCCCACAGCGGCAUCGUCGCUCUUUCCGAUGUAACCGGCAACAUCCUCGCCAAAGUGAUCCAGUAUUGCAACAAGCACAGUUCCGGUAGCGAGAAUGAGCUCCGGCAAUGGGAUGCUGAUUUCGUGAAGGUUGAUCGGGACACGCUCUUCGAUCUCCUCAAUGCUGCAAACAAUUUGAAGAUCAAGAGCCUUUUGAACCUUAUUGUUCAUACCGUAGCACAGAUGAUGAAGGGUAUGAAUCCUCAGGAAAUUUGCGAGUUAACAAUGAGAAUGAGUGGUUUUAGACUCAGUUGAUUAGGCAAAUUUGAUUUUCAUCUUUUUACAUACAGAGAUAGAUAUAUAGUUUUGUUUGAUUGUUGAGGUAUAAACUUGUGCAAUUCUAUUCUAUACAUCGAUUUUCAAUUUCCAGACCCUUAGCAGCAAUACAAAUGUCUUUGAAAGGCGACCAACCUCAUUGCCAUUGGUGGAUUAUAUUUUUACAUGGAAUUAUGAUUUGACUGAAGAUA